UACCAAAUUCUAGAUCCAGGACCUCCCUCUCCACUAAGAAUUAGGCUUCCAGUCUACGACACUCCUCAUAAAGCUAGCUUGAGCAUUAAGUCGCGUUCUUAUGAUGAUGGCCUGAUUAUGUACGGCUAUGAGGAUAGUUCUUGUGGUUUCCUCAAACCCCUUUUGCCUUCAAUUCCACCAUUCAAACCAUUGAUUGGUCCAUAG